UGUCAUUCUGGGUAAUAUUCAUGGCGGAACUCUGAGGAAGGCAUUAGCCAACCCAACCGGCUAAAUCGUAGUGGUGUAUGAUUAAUUCGUAAAGCUAAAUUGUUAAUUUAGGUUCUCAUCACUAUUUUUUGUACUUUGAAGUGUGUGACACCAAAUCAAAUAGUAGGCAUGGCAGAAAGCAACGCAGAGCAGAACACUGACACAAAACAUGACGUUUCCUCUCCUGGUAUUUCAGAUCAAGAAAAAGAAAUGGCUUCAAAUGCUCACGAAGCAUUCACGGGUGCGAAAUAUGACGAGUGCCUGAUGCACCUUGAAAGUCUUCAGGAUCUGAACAAGGAAGACUAUAAGAUCUCGAUGAAUAAGGCCAUAGCAGAGUUCUAUAAAAGUGGUCAAACCACAACCGGAACCUUGAAGCAGACGUUGAUGACACUGAAAAGUCAGGUUCACACAGCUGUGGAAGAUAUUGAUGGUUUAGAUGAUGUGGAGAACAGCAUACUGUACUACAAUCAAGCUAUCAUCCACUACCACAUGAGGCAGUACUCUGAAGCUAUUGCAAUUGGAGAAAAACUCUACCAAUUUCUGGAACCCUUUGAGAAGUUUGCUCAGGCCGUGUGCUUCCUGCUGGUGGACUUGUACCUGCUCACCUUCCAGCCGGAGAAAGCCCUUCACUUGAUCGCCGUGCUGGAGAAGCUCACAGUCCAGGGCAACAACAAGAAUGGCAAAGGAGAGAAUGCAAGCACAGGUAAAGACAGCGCCACUCAGAAAGCCGAGUUCACCGCUAUGAUUGAGGCAGCCAAAUCAAAGAUGCAUCAGUAUAAAGUACGAGCCUAUAUUCAAAUGAAGUCCCUCAAGGCCUGUAAGAGGGAAAUCAAGUCUGUCAUGAACACAGCAGGCAACUCUGCCCCCUCCUUGUUCUUGAAAAGCAACUUUGAAUAUCUAAGAGGAAACUACCGGAAAGCCAUCAAGCUCCUUAAUUCCUCGAAUAUUGCAGAGCACCCUGGUCCCCUGAAAACAGGAGAGUGUGUGCGUUGCAUGUUCUGGAACAACCUGGGCUGCAUUCACUUUGCUAUGGGGAAGCACAAUCUGGGCAUCUUCUACUUCAAGAAGGCCCUGCAGGAGAACGACCACACCUGCGCCCAGCUGGGGGAUGGCAGCAAUGGACAGAGUAAGAAGUUCACAGGCAUCCCCAUGUGUGCCCUGCUAGCCAACAAGCGCCACGAGCUGCUCUACAACUGUGGCAUCCAGCUGCUGCACCUGGGCCGGCCGCUGGCCGCCUUCGAGUGCCUGAUGGAGGCGGUGCAAGUGUACCAUGCCAACCCGCGCCUCUGGCUGCGCCUGGCAGAGUGCUGCAUCGCUGCCAACAAAGGGAGCUCUGAACAGGAGAACAAGGGCCUGCCCAGCAAGAAGGGGAUUGUCCAGUCCAUCGUGGGCCAGGGCUACCACCGCAAGAUUGUGCUGGCCUCCCAGUCCACACAGAACACAGUUUACAGUGAGGGUCAGUCAGCAGCCAUCCCUGUGGCCAGUAUGGAGUUUGCAGCCAUCUGUCUACGCAACGCUCUCCUGCUGCUGCCAGAGACCCAGCUGCCCGAGGCCAGAGAGCAGCAGCCCAGCACAGAGAGCAGCGCCGAGGGCACCGAUGCAGCAAGUGGGAAGGGCCCGGACGGAGAGAAGUUCAUCCCUGCGGCCCCGUCCUCGCCUCUGAGGAAACAGGAGGUGGAGAACCUGAGGUGUUCUAUCCUAGCGUGCAGUGCUUAUGUGGCGUUGGCGUUGGGGGAUAACCUGAUGGCUCUCAGCCACUCGGAGAAGCUCCUGUAUCAGCCCAAGCUGUCUGGCUCCCUAAAGUUUUUAGGGCACCUGUAUGCGGCGGAGGCGCUCAUCUCGCUGGACCGCAUCUCGGACGCCAUCGCCCACCUCAACCCGGAGAACGUGACGGACGUCUCCCUAGGAGUGUCCCCCAGCGAGCAGGACCAGGGGACUGAUAAAGGAGACCUGGAGCCAGUUGAGUCUUCAGGGAAGCAGACUCCUCUGUGCUACCCCAGCACUGUAACCUCUGCGCGCGCCAUGAUGCUCUUCAACCUGGGCAGCGCCUACUGCCUGAGGAGCGAGUACGAGAAGGCCCGCAAGUGCCUGCACCAGGCUGCCUCCAUGGUGAAUACAAAGGAGAUUCCUCCAGAAGCCAUUCUCCUGGGGGUCUACUUGGAGCUACAGAACGGCAAUACACAGCUGGCCCUCCAGAUCAUCAAGCGCAAUCAGCUCCUACCGUCACUGAAGAGCACAUCGUCGCCAGACCUACGCAAGAAGCCGCCUCCUUAUCAGCCCGCCGCCCCCUUACAGCCCAUCCAGCUGCCCUCCAGUUUCACGCAGGUCCAGCGCAAGUGAGGCUCCUCCGCCCCAGAACGCACAACUUCUCCAACUGACCCCAAAGCCCCCUCUCCCCUCCCCCAUGAAGGACCACAUCCGACUCCAUAAAGAGAACUACAAGCAGCAGCGUCUGUUGCCCUUGAGCAGAAUGGCUGGUGGGGGGGCCUUGUAUAUCUAGUUUGGGUAUCAAGGAUACGGAUUGCCGUUGUGGGAAGGAAAGAGUGGGUGUGUCCCCCCCCCCCCCCCCCCCCCCCACCCCCCCACUGGCAGCCUCCAUCAGAACUGGACUGCAGAGCUUUCGCUGGCCAUGUUAACCGUUAAACCCUUCUGUCAGGAAUUUAGAUGGGUCGUAUAACAAUAAAACAUUUACCCCACCUA